AUGGAGAACCAUUUCGAACCCGGCGGUCCUCACGACUCUCUAGAGAGAGACCUCUACGAAGGCGAAGGUACGGGACAAGAAACCGAGUCCGAUCGGAGUAGUCAAGAUGGCAGGCGCCGUUCGGUCGGGACGCCGCCAUCGUCGCCCCCGGGGAGCCCAAGGCCGAAUUUCGCUCCCAGAGGCCCCGUGACGCCGAGACUAGGAUUCAAGGGCAAGAUACCAAGGGGACUCGCCCUCAACGUUGGCUUGGCGGAGGGAGUGUCGAAAAUAGCGGAAAAUAUACGGCUCAAGGAGUUGCAGGGUGCUUAUAAAAAUGCGAUCAACUCGGUUGCGCACGCAAAGCAUGCUCGAGGCUUCAUCGAGGAACUCAGCUUUCUCAUUAUCGCAUCAUCGCUACUGAACGAACACCCGGCCUUUGGACCUGCAUCUGCGGCGCCCUUGCCCACAGAGGCGCUUGAUCGUCUCGAUGGCCAGGAGCUAGUCAUUACCUCGUGGACUCCGAAUGGCGCCCUCGCCGCAGGAGCAUUGGGGUUUUCGAUAGCGGGUUUGAUGCGAUGGUUUGUCGUAGGAGGCUCAUUUAUUCUAUCAGCAAGACGUCUAGUGGUGGUAACGAUAGCCUUGGGCCUGCUCGCAUGGGCUUUGAGGACACAUAUGCGGCAACAACAGGCCAAGAACACCUACGAAAUAGCCUUGAGCGAGCUGAAGAGAUUCUUGCGAAGCUCUUCCGAAUAUGACAGCAUGGCCAGUUCGGCUUUGAGCUUUAUCUUUGAGGUUGAGCUUGUUGCACGCGGUUACAGAUUAUCUUUACCAUUGCCUCCUCUGAGUCGUCUGGAGAAUAAUGAUAAUGGUCAAGCUUUGAAGAGCCAAAAGCUCCGACAUUCGCUCAACCAGUGUUUCCAGGACGUCAUUGAAGUUUACUAUCAAACAGCGCAAGAGAUUCGAGAUUUCGCAAGCCAAAAGCAACUCAAGGAAUACGACGAGGCUUUCAAGUGUGACAAGGAAAAGGUCCAUGAAUACAUGGUUCACUUUGUCAACCUGAGCACGGAAGAUGCUCAGAAGACGGCACAGUUGAGGGAAACUCUCCAGCUGUCUCGAGAUGCGCGAAAAAUGUUUCUUAUUACACUAAUGUCACUCGAAAAGACUGGCAGCAGAACGGAGCUGGUACAAUAUACAACCGCAUUGCAGGGCAUCCAAAGGUGUCUCCAGGUGACGCAAAAAGCCUACAGCAACCUUCGGGCUGCCCUGGUACCAGAUAGAGAGGUGAGAGACAAUCGGACAAGCACGAGUCCAACAAGUCCACGUCACUUGAAAUGGAAACACCAGAUCGACAAGGUGGGCGGAAUGAACAUGAGUAUUCGCACCAUCCAGGCAAAGAUGUACUCGUUACUCGAAGAAUCGAAAAAGACCUUGGACACGGCCGACGACGUAUCGGAAUUAGGCCAGAUGUUCAUGGAUCGUUAUGAAAGCAUAGGGAAAGAUAUCGAAGAUCUGAUGGAUGCUUGGCAAUCUGGCAAGUCGAGCCUAGCCAAGUCAAUCAACAAAAAUGAGCGCCGGGUAUCAUCAAUGAGCUCUCUACUAUCGCCAGGGCUCGACAAAUCCAUGGAGGCAGUACUGGAAGAGACCGGCGAGGCUGAAAGUGAAGGCGGAGUUGCGUCAGCGUGGGACCAGCUCACUGGAGGUGAAGCACCGCCUGAAAACAUGAGCCCACAAAGUCCCGAGCCGCAACCGCUCGUCAUGGAGACUUUCGAGGCCAUCGCGACCCCCAGACCAAGGAGCUUGAUGACCCGAGCAGAGCGCAUCCAGCGGUCUCACGAGGAACGAAAGAUCCGGGAAGCCGAACGGGCGGCAGCCAUGCAAAGGGGUCAUGUUAUGGGUGAACUCAGAGAUGUCCUCAAAAGCCGCGGUCUACACACGGUCGUGGAUACGAACCAAGGCGGCGACUCCUCGCCGAUCAUUGCCCCAGGUCCUCUACCAAGCCCCAAAUCCGUCGGCCCUAGAUUAUCGAAAAGGAUAUCAUUGCCUGGGCCUGGAGAGCGGCUAUUCUUAUAA